UCUUAAUUCUUUCCAGCUAAACGCAUUCUGCUUUCUCUCUCACACUUUGCCUCGGCAGCCCUGAUUUAACAAGCCUGGGGAAUCUUUAGCGCUUCGUGCUGUGGCUACACGCUGUCUGCCUGUGGCGCAGGUAUCGGCCCCCCACACGGGAGAGAGAUGUGGCGAGGAACAGGAGAGGCCAACAGGAUCCCCUGAGGUGAAAACAAAGGAUAUUUCCCACUGAGCAACGCUGGGACGCUGAGACGAGAGCCCGGGGGAAUAUCAACCAUGUUGACACCGUGGAGAAUGUUUCUUUGGCAGAUGGCACUGAACAUAUUCUAUCACAUCGCGAAAGCCAGUUUAUGCCUCGGUGGUCAGGAUAUAUUUGCCACGGUCAGAGAGAACAGCCCCACCGGUGAAUUCAUAGCCAACCUCAGCAUCAACGGAGACUUGGGAGCCAAUAGCAUCCGCCUGUGUCUCACGGGAGACGACGCUGAUUGGUUCUACCUCGAAGGUCGUACAAUCAGACUGAACUCAUCGCUUUCAAAGGCAUUGGAUCGAGAGGUCUUGGGAUCAGUCCUGAUAGCUGUUUUGACAUGUUAUGAGAAUGAAACAAUACGGAGUCGAUACAGAAUCCUCGUGGAAAUAUUGAAUGAAAACGACAACAUGCCACAUUUCCUGGAGGACACAAUUCAACCACGAUUCAUAAGUGAGUUGAUGGCUGUUAACUCCAUGGCGUUCACAGUGAAAGCCAAAGACGCGGAUGAAGACACAAUCACUUACGUGACCGAUACAUCUUCACCGGAUGCCAGCUAUUUCAGAAUAGAUCUGCCCAACAGUGGGAUGGUGAUCUUGGACAAACCGCUGGACUUUGAGACCAAAUCUCAAUUGCAGGUGGUCAUACAUGCUGUGGAAAUGAAUACCAAAGAAAAAUACAGCACAACAGCCACCGUUACUGUGAAUGUUCUGGACGGUGAUGAUCAGUACCCGCAGUUUCUGCCCUGCUCGCCUGUUUAUGAAGAUGGAGAUCAUACCAUCUGUACCAAUCCUAUUUACACGGUCAACAUCACAGAGACAGACGAGGACAUUGUGCUAUAUUUCUCACCGGGUCCUAUUCAUGCUGAAGAUGGAGACAAAGACAUCCAGACACCUCUGGUUUACAGCAUACUGUCGGGUGAUGACAAUGGCAGAUUUACAAUCGUCAAUCAAACAGGAGAGAUCACACUAAAGCACCGUGUGGAAAACAGGCUCCUAACCCCUUCAUUCAGGCUUCGCAUAAUGGCUGCACAGGCGAACGACCCAAAGAAAUAUUCAGUGACAACGGCGCUGGUGCACGUGAUAUCCGAAAACCGCUUUGCUCCGUAUUUCAACAAAACCAUCUACAAAGGGUUUCUUAUCGAGAACUCCAGUCCUGCUACACUGGUCACUACAUAUGGGAAUCAAGUCCUGGUGGUCCAGGCCAUUGACGGAGACUUCAGAGAUGGAAUAAAUCCAACAAUUCACUACACGCUCCAGCCCAUGACAGGCAGACAUAAACUGUAUGACAUCACUCAGGAUGGCAUUGUGAUCGCCAAGACCGACCGGCUGAGAGCCUUUGAUCGCCACAUCCUGGAGGUGAUUGCAACAGAUGAAGAAUCAGGUGAGGUUGCCCAUGCUUCAGUGGACAUUGAAGUUCUACAGAGGGGACAACCAGUUCCCAGAAGUCCGUUUGGAGAGGAACGCCUAUUUGGAGACAUGAAUGCAGGGAUGGCUGGGGGCAUCGCUGGUCUUGUUCUGAUAGUGGCUAUAACAACCCUUUUCAUCUUCCUCUGGCUGAUCAAGAGACGAAGAGAGAGACAGGAUCCAGCAGAGAGGGGUGCCAUAGCACUUGGAAAGCACCCAAAUGUGACCUUAAGGUGGUUCCAACAGGUCGAUUCAGGACAUUCCAUACCACUCAUAGAAGCCUACCACAAUGAAGCAUACGUUGACCACGAAAACUCCGGUUCCAGUGGUAUGACUGGAAGACCCAGGCUGCACACCAAAAAAGAUGAAAGGCCCCCACCAACAACCAGGGCAUACGGAUGUAAAGAUUCUGGUGGACCCACGCUGCAGGACAUGCUGCCCAUUCUGGUGAUUCCAGAUAUCACCUCAAUAAAAAACUCAUCUUCCUUUUUAACCAAUGGGAAAACAGAUCUCUCUUUUAUGGGCGAGGAAGGUCCAAGAAUGGCGGAACAGAUUUUUUCCAGAGAGGAAGAAGGAUACUUUUUAGACAUAAACAGUGACAUGGAGACCAGUGAGGAUAUGUUAAUGCCUGGCCAACAGCAAGAUACUUUUGGGAAUGAAGCAGGGACAGAAAAUGAAACCCCAGAGAAAAGUUUUGAAGACAUUUGUUAUCAGGACACUUCUGUGGGACCAGCGAUGUUAAUGACGAUUGAUGAAGAUAACGGUAAUAAUGCAAAUCCAUAUAAAGCCAUGCUCUCUGAUUUUUGCUACAGCGAUGAUGAAGACACAGUGGAUGAUGAGUCAAGUGAAUUGCGGCACUGUUACAAAUAUGACCAGUUUACAGUCGACCAGCAGGCCGCCGGACUGGAAGUUGAAGGUUCGACUGAGAAAUCUCUCGAAGUAAUGAAAGCAAGCGAGGAGACCACAGAUCAGAUGAGCAGAUUUAAAACCUGACUCUUCAACAACUGGACUCAGUUGAAUUUAAGUCGUAAUGUUUUAAACAAGUAACAACCACUCUGUGUGGAUAUUUACUGAAAUAUGUUUAUAGUUUGAUUUUCUCCUCAUGUUGAGCUGGUAAAGGUUGUGUUUUUGAGGUAUUAUGCACAUAUCAGCCUUAAUUAUGCACAUUCAUGCAGAUAAAGUGAGAAAAGAUGAAAAAUGGAUUCGGACUGAGAUUGUUGAUAAACACUAAAUGUCAAUUGUGUGCAUUUAAAAUAAAUAUAAAUUGUAUGUUUAUGUUCUGAUUAUCACGUUUCACUUGAUCAAAAUAAUGAAAUAAAUGAUGAAUAAAUGUUUUACCAUGUCAACAUUUGUUAAAGAAAUUGUAGUAAAUAGGCUUGACAUCUUGUGGCAUUUAAAUAAUGUACGGAAACGUGUCAGAAUUUAUAACCCAGUUGGGGUGCAACCAAAAGAUGAUGUUUUAUUUUCAUAAAGCCUUAUGAUUCUGUCCUUUAAACUCAAGUGUGUCAUUUCUCUAUCUGCAGGAGGCAAGGGCACCCAUUUCUCCUCGCCACGUUCUUUAGGAAUGAAGGAACAUCACAAUCAUAGCUGAAAAAAUGUGAGAGUGCCAAGACCAUGAGCACCAUGAAAGACUUUUAAUGCAUAUGAAGGUGAACAUACAAUUUACUACAGUAUUCUACAAUUUACUAAUACAUACAAUUUAGUAUUUACUACUUCUCAUACAAACCACUGAAGGCAUCAAGUUUCUGUAGUAUUUUGUAUUAUUCUAGAAAUAUUUAUUGUGUAUUUUGUGUGCGAGUUAUGCAAUCUAUUGGGCUGCCUUCAUGAGCCCUGCUUGUGGCAGCUUGUAUGUUUUCAGUUCCAUGAAGUACUUUUUCAGAAACGGUUCUUAAAAGCAGAGUUUAAUUGAAAUAUAUGCUUAAAAUAUCUAAACUGUAUUGCACUGCACUUUGAAAUGAUCAGUAAUUAAACUGAUUCAAACCCAUCUGUUCAUGAUACAAUGAUGUUGUCUUCCUCCAGGGGUCAGACGAGAGCUGUAUUAAAAUUUGCAAACCAAUUAUUAUUUGAGUCCCAAUGCACCCGAUCAAGACAAGUAUUUGUGAUUAAUAACUGUACUUACUAACAGCAGCAACUCGAAUUUGUAUGAAUAAACAAAUAGUUAUCAGGACGUCAUAUUUAUUCUCGCGAUAGCCGAGAAUACCUGUAUCCAUAGUGACAGCGACGAUGAGAAAAAAAGAUGGCGACGUCAAUUAAACCGGAAACUGUUUACAAAUUACAAAUACUUAAGUAGCUUUUUAAUAAACAAACAGCGAAUGCUUUCGUUUGUAUUUAUAAAUAAGUGUUGAGCGUUUUACCAACUUGACGGUGAAACACAGAAACUGGAUCUUUAACCUCAGAGAACCUACAGCCCCUAUUUCCGUAAGUAACAAAAUCCUACACACAUAACAUUUACAUAGUACGACACAAAUAAAUGCAAAAAUGUAAAGGUGUCGAUUCAGUGUGAUUUUGCCACGUUGCUUAAAUGCCAAAUUGGGUUUGAACGUGACGUUAUUUAUUUAUGCUAAGUAUCGCUAGUUCAUACUCAGAACAUCAGACAAGUAUAGAGCGUUUGUUCUGUCAUAUAGUCUAUGACCACAAGAGGGCGCCAUUACAUAAUGUUUUUGUUACAUUUACAUUACAACCAAGACGCUGCUGAGUUUUGUGUAAAUGAUAAAAGAUACAGGUUGUAUGUUUAUGCCGAUUUUAAUUUUUAUUUCAUGUCGAUGCUCACCACUUUUUUAAGUAAAUUGAUACAAUUAUUGUACGUGUCUUCAUAAUCUUUAUAAUUAACUAUUGAAGUUUACAAUGUAAAUGUUGUCUAAACAUUGUCUAAAAUCUAAGUAUUUGGGCCCUAGUCAAGAUGAAGCGAGGUUUUCAAAAGUACAAAACAGCUAGAGCAAACUGGGAAAGGAUGUUGAAAUGAGCAUGUUACAAUUGUGACCGUUAGAGGGAGCCAGUAGCCAGUGAAUGUCUGUACGCAGUGUAAAGAACAGUUUAGUCUUGAAUAAGGAUAAAACAUUUUAAAGAUAAAAGCCCUGUAAGAUGAUGAUUAGAUGUUAAAACUGUGUAUUCAGCGGUGCUUUUAUUGUGUCUAUGUUGAUGCGGUUUGAAGGGUGCAUUGCUGGUUUGCUCUGUUUAUCUGACACAUGACUAGUGACAUACUGUACAGUGUACUUCAACACACAUUUCCACGCCCACUGCUCUUCUCACAUGUUUUGUCUAGUAUAUUGUUUAAAGAUUCUCAAUAAACCUCCAAUG